GCUGACUUGACUAGGAGGGGCUAGUGAGCUACAACCAAGUGGGAAGGAGGGACCUCAGACGUUGGAGACCCUCAUCCCGGAACUUAGGUCCCUCGGCUCUACCGGGGCAUGGCCAAGUCUAAGCCCCUGAUUCUGCCCUGGCUGCGGGAGCAGUUGGACUCGGGGCACCUGGGCGCCACCUGGAUCAACUCCGAGCACACGCUCUUCUUCGUCCCCUGGAAACACGGGCUCCGCCAGGACCUACAGCGAGAGGACUUCAGCAUUUUCCAGGCAUGGGCAGAGGCCAGCGGCAGCUAUCGGCCUGGUAUCGACAAGCCCGACCCCGCAACAUGGAAGCGGAAUUUUCGGGCAGCCCUGGACCGCAAGCGGAACCUGCGCAUGGUCAGCAACCACAGCAAGGAGCAGCACAACCCGCACAAGAUCUACGAGUUCCUGCCCGCCGAUGGGGAGGGCUUCGAGGCAGACCCCGAUGCAGAGGUCGGCUGGGAUGACCCCGCCGGGAGCCAGGUAGAGGACAUCCCAGAGGUUCUGGAGGCCCUGACUCUGUCUCCUCCGGAGCAGGAGCUGUUCCAAGAGCAGCUCCCCCCCGCACAGGGUCCAGGCCUGCUCCACAACCCCUUGAUGCCAAUUUUUGCUGGUGGCCUCCAGUCCGAGUAUGAGGUGACGGCCUUCUACAGGGGCCGCCAGGUCCUGGAGACCUGCGUGGCCUGCCUCCAAGGCCUCAGGGUGGUAGGGCCAGGACCUACGGCUGAGGCCUGGACGGAGCUGGAUGGGACACCACUGGCCCUGCCCGAGCCUAGCAGCACCCUCACGGACCAGAGAGCUGCAUAUUAUGUCAGCAAGGUGCUGGGCAGCCUGGGGGCAGGGCUGGCCCUGUGGUCCUUGCAGGAGGAACUCAGGGCUUGUCGCCUGGGCCACUGUAGGGUCCACUGGGCCCUGGGGGAACACGCAUCCCCUGGGGCUCCUGGGAUAGAAGUGACCAAGGAAAAAGCCGGCCAGCAAGUCUGUGACAUUCCAAAGUUUGUGAAUGACCUGAUCUCCUUCCUGGAGGGCAGUCACCGCUCCCCCCAGUACACCCUCUGGUUCUGCCUAGGGGAGUCAUGGCCCACAGACUCUCACCCAUGGACCAAGAAGCUCGUCAUGGUCAAGGUGGUGCCCACGGCGCUGAAGGCCCUCCACGAGGUGGCCCAGGCUAAGGGAGCGUCCUCACUCAAAGAGGAGGAGAUUGACCUGCACAUCUCCAGCAGCCUCUCCCUGUCCCUGGCACCUGCCCAUCUCCAUGGCUACCUGCAGGAGCUGGCCCACAGCAUGGAAUGGGCGUCCGGGGUUCAGGGCUGAGCCCCUCCCCUGCUCUGUCCCCUCUCUGCUCUCAGGGACCCCCUUCUCUGAGCUUUCAAAAUAAAAGAGUCGACCCCA